GAAGAAAAUUGUGGGCAAGUUCAAGUUGGACAGUAAAGAAGGGUCUGGAAAGGAAUCCCCACGCGUGAGGUGAACAGAGCACGAAGCCUUCUUACUUCAAUUUCUCUCUGUUUUCUUUCUCUUUCUUUUCCCAAAUUCUGCGAUUUCAAACCAAUCUUCCUUCUCAGAUAUAAUUAUAGUAGCAUGAUAUUGGAUCAACCAGUUGAAUGUAUCUUUAAUGGUGGAUAAAAAGUCUCAGCGGAAUAUCAAACAUCUGUAUGUACGAGAAUAUAUAUUCGGCCAGGUUCCCAAGAUUUUCAUUUCUUUAUACAUCACCCUAAAGCUAUGCACUCAAUAUUGAACAGUUUGUUGUGAGCUGGAAGAAACAUGACUGUACUAUAGCUAAUACUCAGUGGCAGAUCUUGAAGAUAACGUGUGGGAUGGAUUUGGUGAAUGUGAUGAUCAUACAGUGCCCCAUGCCGGUGACAAGCAUAAUAAACAGUUAACAAUACAGGGAGAUAUCUGUACGGAUUCACUUCAUAAAUUACACGGUAUCGGAAGUAGUGAUUCUGCUAAUAGCUAUGGUACUCAGGAUAAGGAGGAAUUGUACUUAGAAAAUAUGACUCAGAACGAGAAAAUGCUAGAAAAGGAUUCCUGGUCUCAUACACCGGAAGCUGUGUUUUCUUCUCGUGUUGGUGACUCAAGUAAAGAAGCCAAAAGGCCAACUUUAGAUGAAACAGGCAUGUCUGAUCAGUGCUUCAAGAGCAGCAAUUUAGAUUCUGGUGGAUGUGAGCUCUGUGAAGAUGAUACUAUCUUGGGAGACAAGUGUGUGGUUGGAAAUGACAGUGUCUGUCAAUAUCCAAUCAAUCACAUAUCCCAAGCUGACAAUGAACUCAGUUUUCUUGAUAAUGAUGGGUGGUUAGAUAUAGGAAACUUUGAAGAUGUUGACAGGAUGUUAAGUUGUGAUUUAACGUUUGGAACUGGAAGCCUCAACAAUGAAGAAGAGUUCUGCUGGCUCUCAUCUUCUCAUGGUGCUGAAGGUUCUGAUGAUGCAUUGAAGUCUGACUUUAAGUUUUCAUAUGCAGAAAUGAGUCCAUUGAAAAGUAUAACAGAUUAUAAAAUGGAUUCUAAGGAAAAUUUGGUAGGUCUUUCAAAAGAUUCCAAUGAAAGAUCAUCUCCUCUUGAUGAAAAAAACAGUUCUCAAAUGGAUGUUAUUGACGAUAGUGUACCUGUUCCAUUAUCAAUGUUCAGUGAGAAUGAGUCAGAUAUGAAAUCUGGUGAUAUAGUUGACUUGCUACCCAAAGAAAAGCCGCAGAGGAAGCUGCCAAAGCCAUCAGCGGGAAGGCGAAAAAACUGUUACCUACAAAAUGGAGGUUCUGUUCAUCCUUACGCACCUCCUGAGCAAUAUGCAGAUACAAAGCAACCGUUUGGAACGUCUUCCAGUGGAGUUACAUCUCUUGAUAGCAUCCAGAAACAUAAGGUGAAUGUAGAUUCUGAUUCUCUAGGGUGUAUACAGGCAAAAAUUCCUACAAGACUCCCAGACUAUAGUCAUGCUCCAAAUCACAGUUCCCUGUUUCCAACUUUAUCUGGAUCAAGAUCUGAGCAUGACGGACAUCUGUCUCCUUCUGUUAAAGAGUCAUCGUAUGCGUCAAACAUUGAAUCUCAUGGUCAUUCUUUGGAUGCUGCCGCCUUGAAAACGUUUGAAAACAGAGAAAAGUUGUACCAAUGCUGUGAUGGACCUCCGUUAACCAGCAGUUUCAAAAAUGAUAAUACGCCAAAUCAAAUACCACUUCAUAGUCCUGGUUCAGCUCAGCAAAUAGGUCACCAGUUUGAAAAUGACAACGAAGGUCAUAGUGAAGUCCAGGGAGUCAGCCUAGGCUUUUCACCAGAAAUAGAUUCUUCAGCAGUGCAGGAAAGCUCAUCCAUGGGCUCUGUUCUGGACCAAACCUCACUUGAAGCAACUAGCUUUUGCCACCUGCAACAGAUCAUGGAUCAGUUGGAUAUUAAAACCAAACUGUGCAUAAGGGACAGUCUAUACCGCUUGGCUAAGAGUGCUGAGCAAAGACACAACAAUAAUGCUAAUGGUUGCAUUGGAGACAAUGAAGCAUGCAAAGCAAUGAUGGUGCAGGAUGCAAGCAGGUGUACCGGAUUAAUGGACAUGGAAACUAACACAAAUCCCAUCGAUCGGUCUGUAGCACACUUACUGUUUCACAGGCCUUCAGAUCCAUCAAUUUUGCUUCCUAACGAAACUUUACCUUUCAAAUCCGGAGCCACGUUUAAUUGGCAGAUACAUCAUGGAUCAGUGGUCAAUCUACCAGUAAAGACUGAGAAACAAGUCUGUCAAGAAGAUUCUUCAGCCGGAUUGGAGAACAAGUUUUCCGGGGGAAACAACACCUAAUGAAGGUGAAACCAGCAUUGACUGGUUUUGAUGUACAAUUUUUACUUUUCCAAUCAUCGUCGUACAUGAUGAUGUAUAAUUAUUUCGGGCUUACUCGGAUCCCUUAGUUAAUUUUGUAAUUCAUUUUUGCAUUUAAUGCCAUAAUACUGAUGUAAAUUUGUGCUAAUCGUCGUCAUAAGGUAGCAUAUACGAUGAUUUAGAGCAGUGCCACGCUCGUAAUUAUUUUCAUCCGAAUUGUCACUAUCAUCGCGCAGCCCACCAACUCAUCAGAUUAAUCUGAAAGUAGUCUCUCUUGAAUGUACCAUUUAUUUUUCUGGAAGGAA